AUGUUUAAACCUUCUAGAAUUCUUUUUCAAGUAGGUCAAACUACUAAGAAAUAUGCUACGAUGUUAAAAGAUCCAUCAGUUAAAUAUAAACCUUUCAAAGGUGUAAAGUUAACUGAUAGAACUUGGCCAAAUAAUUCCAUUACCAAAGCCCCAAGAUGGUUAAGUACUGAUUUAAGAGAUGGUAACCAAUCAUUACCUGAUCCUAUGACUAUCCCAGAAAAGAAAUUAUUCUUCCACAAAUUAUUAGAUAUUGGAUUUAAAGAAAUUGAAGUUUCAUUCCCAUCAGCUUCCCAAACUGAUUUUGAUUUUACUAGAUAUGCCGUUGAAAAUGCUCCUGAAGAUGUUAAUAUUCAAGUUUUGACCCAAUCUAGAGAACAUUUAGUUAGAAGAACUGUUGAAAGUGUUAAAGGUGCUAAAAGAGCAACUAUUCAUACUUAUUUAGCUACAUCUGAUUUAUUCAGAGAUGUAGUAUUUAACAUGUCAAAAGAAGAUGCUAUUGCUAAAGCUAUUGAAACCACUAAAUUAGUUAGAUCUUUAACUAAAGAUGAUCCAAAUAUGCAAGAUACUAUUUGGUCUUAUGAAUUUUCUCCAGAAUGUUUCAGUGAUACUCCAACUGACUUUGCUGUUGAAAUUUGUGAAGCUGUUAAAAAUGCUUGGGAACCAACUGCUGAAAAUCCAAUCAUCUUUAACUUACCUGCUACUGUUGAAGUUGCUUCUCCAAAUGUUUACGCUGAUCAAAUUGAAUAUUUCUGUAAACAUAUCACUGAAAGAGAAAAAGUUUGUGUAAGUGUACAUCCUCAUAAUGAUAGAGGUUGUGGUGUUGCUGCUAGUGAAUUAGGUUUAAUGGCUGGUGCUGACAGAGUUGAAGGAUGUCUUUUCGGUAGUGGUGAAAGAACUGGUAAUGUUGAUUUAGUUACUGUGGCUUUAAACAUGUAUACUCAAGGGGUUUCACCAGAAUUAGAUUUCUCUAAUUUAGAUGAGAUUGUUGAUAUUGUUGAAAAAUGUAACAAAAUCGCUGUUAACCCAAGAGCUCCUUAUGGUGGUUCAUUAGUUGUUUGUGCUUUCAGUGGAUCUCAUCAAGAUGCUAUUAAGAAAGGUUUCACUAAAUCUGAACAAAGACAACAAAAAGAAUGGGCUAUUCCUUACUUACCUUUGGAUCCAAAAGAUAUUGGUAGAAGUUAUGAAGCUGUUAUUAGAGUCAACUCCCAAAGUGGUAAAGGUGGAGCUGCUUGGAUUAUCUUAAAAGCUUUAGGUUUAGACUUACCAAGACAUUUACAAGUUGAAUUUUCAAAUAUUGUUCAAUCAACUGCUGAUUCUUUAGGUAAAGAAUUAAAAUCUGAAGAAAUUGUCAACUUAUUUAAUGAAACUUUCAUGUCAAAUGAAAAUGCUGUUCUUAAAUUGCAAGAAUAUGAUAUCUUCAGAAAUAAAUCUAACGAUGAAAGAGAAAUUAAUGCUGUCUUAACUAUAAAUGACAAAUCAAUCAAUGUUAAAGGUAAGGGUAAUGGUCCAAUUUCAUCAUUUAUCGAUGCUAUAACUUCAAGAUUUGGUACUUACUUUGAAGUUUUAUCAUAUUCUGAACAUAAUAUUGGUUCAGGUACUGAAGGUAAAGCUGCUACUUACAUUCAAUUAAGUUAUAUUAACUCAAAUGGUGAUAAAGUUUCCAAAUGGGGUGUUGGGGUUAAUUCUGAUGUUUCAGAAGCUUCAAUUCAAGCUAUUAUUUCGGUUGUCAAUUCUUUAAUUGAAACCAGGGAAAUUAUUAUUUAG